AUGAUCCACUCCGCUAUUGGUCAAAUCGGUGAACUGACCAAUAGCGAAGCGGAUGUCCAUGAUUCCCUUGAUCCACUUCAUCCACUUCGCUAUUGGCACGCGCUAUUGGCAGAAAGAAGAAGUGAAAACAGGUGGGCAGAGGAAGUGCUUCCCACAUAUGAACAGCGUACGCGAACCAAUGUUGGCGCAACAUCUUAUAAGCGUGUGCAAAUAAAUGUUUUUAUAACAUACUUUGCUAAUUUUGAUUUUGUUAUUACGAACGAUCAUGACGCUAGAGAAUGUGUUGGAAAGGAGACAGAGUUUUACGCUAUUGGGCCUGAGAAGCGCUCACCCGACUUGGAAGUAGGCGACUGGGUCAUGUGGAAGGAGGAUGCCAUAGAAGCAUACUGGAAAUUUUUUGCCAGGUAUGAGCACAACGGUAGAAAUACAGGUGCCGAGACCAAGUGUGCGAACUCUGGAACAGAAUGUAUUGAAUUGGAUACGCGCAGUAACAAUAUAAAUUAUGAAGAGUGGAAGCCCAUGAAGGAUCAAAUGCAGGUCAUGAAGGGAACUGUGACGAAGGUGGUUAAAAGGGGAUGCUGUAACGUAAAAUGGGACAAUGGGUGGAAUUUUCAUCAUCUCCAGGCAAUGCUGCGAUUGGCGCCAUCGCAGCUGAAGUAG